CAUUCGGCGCAGGGCGUGUACUUGUGAUAGAAAAAAAGGGAAGUGUGAAUCGCCCACAGCCGCGAAUUACGGGACGACCGAACGGAAGAUGGCUUUCUUUUUCAACUUUGUCGCCAUUAGCUUUUUAUUGUACCAUCUGGUUCGGCUGAUACUGUGGGGUGUGCUGGACUCGGACAUCGAGCUUUUCUUUCUAUCCAAAUUAGGAAAACCUAUCUCGUCCCUCCGAGGGAAAGUGGUAUGGAUUACCGGAGCAUCGAGCGGAAUAGGCCGAGAUCUGGCGAUCGCAUUGGCACAGCACGGUGUAAAACUAUGCAUUUCCGCUCGCAACAUCUCGGAGUUGCUGAAAGUAAAGCAAGCCUGUCUGGCACAAUCCAACGGAAGCCUGGGACCGAACGACGUAUACGUACUGGAGAUGGAUAUGCUCCAUGUUAACCAUCACAAUGACUACUUCAACAUGGUUCUCGAUCACUUUAAGACGGUCGACGUGCUGGUUAACAAUGCAGGGCGAUCCCAGCGUGCCGAAUGGGCCUCGAUCAACAUAAAGGUUGACCGAGAACUGUUCGAGUUGGAUGUGUUCGCGGUGGUGAAUCUGUCCCGCGUGGCCCUCAACUAUUUCGCCCGAAACUCCAUGAAGGGCCACCUGGCGGUAACGAGCAGUACAGCCGGUCUGAUCGGGGCACCAAAUUCGGGCACGUACACCGGUGCGAAGCAUGCGCUACAUGGUUAUUUUGAAGCUCUACGAAACGAAUUCCCCAACGUGAAUAUUACAAUGUUCUGCCCGGGACCGACGGCAACAAACUUCCUGCAGGAAUGCUUCACUGAAACACCUGGAGCGAAGUACAACCAACGCGUGCAACCGACAGAUCGGCGCAUGACGAGCGAACGCUGUGGUCAGCUGUAUGCUAUGGCCAUCGCCAACAAGACCCAUCUCAGCUGGGUUGGCACAUUCCCGAUCAAUUUUCUCCUUUACAUAGGCUGCUAUUAUCCUAACUUGAAGCGAGUCUUACUGAAAAUUGUUGGCAUGGAGCGUCUGCAACGAGUUCGCGACAGCCGGUAAAUUGAUGCUAAAAAUGGCCCUUUACACAAAUAACGGGUGGCUACUUCGAUGGCCAGUAAUUUGCCACAUUCCAACCAUGCAGAUGAUCACAGGCACACACACAUUUAGCAAUCGCUUCCAUUUCUGUUUGCACUUGCAUCGUUACACAUUGGCUUAUAUUACCCACGUGCAUCAGAAUCAACACGAUGAAUCCAGUUGGGUAUUCAUUUGAAGCACUUUUAAUUUGUGUCCCUUUUGUCCGUUAGAUGUUUCUGUUUUGCAGACGUUUGUUUGUUGAAAUUUAUUCAAUUUCACAAAGAUAUUAGUAUGUUUUCCAUUGUUUUCGAUAGUAAAAUAUUUAAAUAAUAUAAACACUUAGUCUAAGAUUGCAUUUUUAAAUGGUACAGAUAGUAUGUUGAACGUUUACAUCCUUCGAUAUGUAGUAUCGAAGACAUAACGCUUUU